AUGACAUCAUGCCUGUACGAGUGCCUGCGCGAGGUCGGGCUGCAGCGUCACUACCCUUGUUUUACCGCAAAGGGGCUGAGACGUGCGGGACACCUGUCUUUGAUCACAAUGGGGGACUACUCGAGCUUGGGGGUCCACAGCAUGGGGGACCGUGCCCGGCUGUUCCAUCUGGUACAGCUGGUCAAGUCUCUGGAGGAGGAGGAAGAGGAGGACCAUGGGGGCCACGAUGAUGAUAGAGUUGUGAUAACAACAAAGACUUCAGGCAGCAAAGUCCCCACAUGCAGGCAGCUAGAUUUUGAUGGUGAUGGUAGGUCUAGCGAACCCAAACGCGGAUGGCUCAGUGACUACGACAGUUAUAGGGGGGCUGGUGUCCUCACCUUCCCGAGCACGAACACGGGGGUUAAACACAAACCACGCUCUGACAUCAGCAGAGGGUCACCCACACACAGAACCCAGAUCAGUGGUACGCCGAGGCGUAGCUGUCCUCACAAGCAGACUGUCAGACGGACCACAAUGCACAGGAGCAACAGCAAAGUGAGCCAUCGUCAGAGCGUCUGCGUUUACAACGAGGCCAUUACCAUCAGCAGCAGGGCAAGACCUGAGGUGUGCCGGGAGGCGGAUGGGACAUCUAGGAGGACGGAUGAGCCCACAUGCAUGUACACAUCGAAGAGAACUCUUGGCUACAACUAUGGUCUGCCCCUGAAUUGUCCAGUGUCAAACAGAAAGUAAGUUGUAUUAUGUUUCAAUUGUGUAUAAUGCUGUUGUAGUUAAUGUAUGGGCUACUAGUCUCUGGUCUGCUGCUAUCUCUCCUUUCAUCUGUUUUCCUAUUUCUUUUCAUUCUCCAAAUAACUGGCCCUCACACUUGGUUACUUGGAAAAGGUAACUCUCUCUUAUUAACUGUACUGUUGGACAAUAGACCCCCUGCAAUUUGCGCGUGUGUGUGUUUUAGGGAGGCAGGUGAGCAGCGGAUCAGUGUGUGUGUGAGGAAGAGGCCCCUGACCCAUGCUGAGAACAGGAGAGGGGAGGCAGACGUGGUCACAGCCCAGGAUGGAGACUCUGUGGUGGUCCACGAGAGCAAAGAGACAGUGGACCUGACCCAGUACAUACUACAAGUAGGUACCAGGUACAGUAGAGCCCUGCACAGGCGUGAAUUUUAAGCCCGAGCCCUACCCAUGCUCGUGGCGCUCAGGCCCUACCCUACCCAGGCCCGAUUGCUUCUUCCAAAUUCAAGGCCCUGCCCGAAACCCGAAAUCAAAAAGAACUUCCCCCUUUAGUAAAUUCAUUAGCUGCUCCUCUUUGUCACUCACUUCCUUCGCGCAGCUCACUCUGCAUGCGCUCUGCUCAUGGCGCUCUGAGUCUGUGAGUAUCCAUAGCAACGGCUCCGCUUGGGCUACUCUGCUCAAUGAAGAGACAUGAGACAGCAGUUAGCUGUUAGCUACUUUUCAUCACUCUAAACUCCGACAAAACUCAAUUAACAUUAUAAUUUUCUGUGAAAUAAUCUCUCCUGUCUUAUAUUUGACGAGGUUGAAGCAUUUCUGACACCAUGUUAUGAUCUUAGUCAGAUAUGCCUGUACUGCGCAGCAGAGCACGCGCAAAUGGCUCAGCUUCAAAAUGUUAUUGAUCAAUUUAGUGAUACCCGAGCCCUGCCCGUACCCUAGUUAUUGAUGAAAAAACAGGCCCUACAUGGCCAUAACCUGAUGUAUAAUGUCGGGGCUUGUCGGGCUCGGUUCGGGUAGCAGAGCUCUAAUGUACAGUACACUCAGAGGCUACAUUACACACAGUCACAGAGGACAGAGUCUAGCAAGACUUGAAUAUAACAAUUUAUACAGUACACAAUGUAUACAGACAGUGAAUAUACAGUAUGUAGGUACAAUAAAGGAGACAGAGUAUGUAAGUUUGUAUAUCAUACAGAUGUAGGAUCUUAAUUUGAGCCAGUUUGAGCCAAUAAUUUGAGCCAAUAAUCCUGCAGCAACAGGAAAUGUGAAUUAUUAUGUGGAUUAUAGUUAAUGGACAUUUUUGUAGGGGUUGAUAAAUUGUUUGUUAGGUAAGUAAAGUCUGAAUUUCAAAGUUGGAAUUACAAACUUUAGAAACCUUUUUAAAAACGCAAAUACACUACAAGCUUGCAUUUCCUGCUGUGCAUUAACAAAAGAGUGAUCAAAAUUAAGAUCCUACAUCUGUAUGUUUGGAUGUACUGUGUACAUCAUCCAGUCUUAACCAGUGUUAAGGCUUCAGGCCCCCUGAUCCAUGUAACACAGUGUUGAUCUGUGUGUGUGUGUCUGCGCUCUUCUCUGGUCCCCUCCACAGCACAGGUUUUAUUAUGAUGAGGUGUUUGGGGAGGAGAGCUCCAAUGUGGAUGUGUAUCUGAAAACAGCCUUUCCCCUGAUACAGCAUGUCCUCAAUGGGUAAGGAACCUUGUGUUGUGUUCAUUAGGCACCAAACAAAAGAAUACGGGGAGGGACUCCAAUAAGAAAAGUCGAUGUUAGCCAUAUUCCCCCGUGUGGAAUGUACCCUAAAACAGUUACGCUCAAACAGGUCGAACAGGUCGAGAGCUCCAAGUUCCUCAGUGUCCACAUCACUAAAGAACCAUCAUGGUCCACACACACCAACACAGUCGUGAAGAGGGCACGGCAACGCCUCUUCCCCCUCAGGAGGCUGAAAAGAUGUGGCAUGGGCCCUCAGAUCCUCAAAAAGCUCUACAGCUGCACCGUUGAGAGCAUCUUGACUGGCUGCAUCACCGCUUGGUAUGGCAACUGCUUGGCAUCCGAACACAAGGCGCUACAGAGGGUAGUGCAUACGCCCAGGACACAGGGUUCGCACAAGGUGCUUGAGGUGCUUAAAGUACUUGAAUUUGGCACUCUGAAAUUCAAGUACUGGAAUACCUUAAAAAUCGGACAUUUUCUCAAGUUGGUACUUGAAAAGUACUUGAAUUAAUUAUGAGAGGAGAACAGAUAAUGAUCAAAUACGUUUAUGAAAAAUAUUAUAAAAAUGGAUUUCUCUUGCAAAUUAAUUUCCAGGCAGACUACCAAGUUUUAUUUCCUCACGUGUUUCGUGCUGUGGUUGCCAGGCAAGCUCACUCAUUCCACCCACACUGCCACUCAGCCAGGCAGGUACAGAACUGACUGAUUAGGUGCCGCCAAACAUCACAUAGAUAGCUAAACUGCUGGGAAAAUAUAGAUUCAAACCUGCCUUUUGUGCGUAUGGAAAAUGUCUGGGAUCUUUUAUUUCAGCUCAUGAAACAUGGGACCAACACUUUAAAUGUUGCGUUUUAUAUUUUUGUUCAGUAUAGUUUACCCACCUUGUUUUACCACUACAUUUCUGGAGCCAACCAACCCACAACAUCUAAGGUGCAAAAAAUGCAUCAGACUGGGUGAAUCGGCCCUGGGUGAAUCGGCCCUGAAGAGCCACAUGAAGGGGGAAAGACACAACGCGGCAUCCUGCGCUGGCGCCAGUUCUACACGAUGUGACUUUUUCUCUGCAACAACCUCCAGAGCUUUUCAUUCACAGCUGUUCGUACACCUGCUGUUCUGGUGGCUGUUCACGUGCCGUUUCCCUCACACAGCCCACCCAGUCAUUAAGCUGGAGUUGUGUAGUAAUGUGAAUAGGAAAUGUGUGUUCACCAGUAGGCAUGUCCCAAAACUCUGCCGCAAUACUACCCAAAUUAUAAAAUCAUCAGUACUGACUUACCACAUAUGUAUGUAGUAAAUAAGUCAUUUAUUUCAUGAGGUUGUGGUGAUAUACUGCCAUCUGGUGGCGACUAGAAACAAUAGCACAAUAUGAACUAUUACAAAUUGAUGGUCCUUGAAUAUGACUUGCUACUGUCUGUACGAACCCUGAGUACAUCACUGGGGACAAGCUCCCUGCCAUCCAGGACCUCUAUACCAGGAUGUGUCAGAGGAAGGCCCUAAAAAUCGUCAAAGACUUCAGCCACCCAAGUCACAGACUGUUCUCUCUGCUACCACACGGCAAGUAGUACCGAUGACCAAGUCUGGAACCAACAUGACCCUGAACAGCUUCUACCCUCAAGCUAUAAGACUGCUAAUAGUUACUUAAAUAGUUAACCAAUAGCUACCCGGAAUAUCUGCAUUGACCCUUUUUGCACUAAUCUCUUUUGACUCAUCACAUACGCAGCUGUUACUGUUUAUUAUCUAUCCCGUUGCCUAGUCACUUAUCUAUCUCGACCUAUAUGUACAUAUCUACCUCAAUUACCUCGUAGCCCUGCACAUCGACACGGUACUGGUACCCCGUGUAUAUAGCCAGGUUAUCGUUACUCAUUGUGUAUUUAUUCCUUGUAUUAUUAUUUUUCUAUUUCUUCUAUUUCUUCUACUAUUUCUCUAUUUUUUUCUCUCUGCAUUGUUGGGAAGGGCCUGUAAGUAAGCAUUUCACUGUUAGUCUACACCUGUUGUUUACGCAGCAUGUGACAAAUAAAAUUUGAUUUGAUUUGUAAUGUGAUAUUGUGUGACCUAUUUCUGUCUGUAGAGGCAAGGCCACUUGUUUUGCGUACGGCCAGACGGGAGCAGGAAAGACACACACCAUGCUGGGUUGUCCUCCUCAGAGACAGGGGCUAUACGCGCUGGCUGCCAGGGACAUCUUCACCCAGCUUCACUCCACCCAGGACCGUGGCAACUCUCCAGUCCCAUCCCACGUCUAUGUCUAUGUCAGCUUCUUUGAGAUCUACUGUGGCCAGCUCUACGACUUGUUGGACAAUAGAAAACGGUGUGUGUGUGUGUGCGGGCGUGCACAGUUUUUUAGUACUCAAGUUCAGGAUUGACUUAACUCGACCAGUAGUAGUGACUUUGUUUUCAGAAAAUAUUUCAUAAUGUAACACUCUAACUUUGACUCUGACUCGAACACCAGAGACUUGGGACUCGACUCGGACUCGAGGUUUAGUAAAUUGACUACAUCGCUGAACAUAACCCUGCUCUCUGAUUGGUCCCUUCAUAAUGACAUGGUCAUAACCUUACUCUCUGAUUGGUCCCUUCAUAAUAACAUUGAACCACUGAACCAGUUGAACCACUGAACCACUCAGCGAACCACUCAGCGAACCACUGAACCUGUGAACUACUCAGUGAACCACUCAAUGAACUCAGUGAACCACUGAACCAGUAAACCUCUGAUGGGUCCCUUUAUAAUGACAUCUGUGUCUUCUCUGUGCAGGUUGUUUGCGAGGGAGGAUGGGCACCAGGUGGUUCAGAUAGCAGGGCUGAGAGAGGUCAAAGUGGAGUCUGUCAACUCAUUGCUGGAGGCGAGACUUUUAUCCCUCUCUUCUCAUUCUUCCUAUUCUCAUCUGUUUUAUUAUCCAUUUGACCUCCCUGCCUUGCGGUUUUGAUUGACUUCCCUUCUCCAUUCCAUCCUCCUUUCAUCUCUUCUCUUGCCUCCACCCCUCCUCAUUCGUCCUCCCCACCUUCUCCUCUCUCCGUCCUCCAGGUGAUUUUGUGGGGUACAGGGGAGCGCACCCAGGGGGUGAGUGGAGUCAACCCUGUGUCGUCCCGCUCCCAUGCUCUGCUCCAGAUACAGCUCAGAGACUCUGGCCAUCGGGCCACUGGCAGGUCAGUGUCAUGUUAUAAUAAGUUAUAGGACAAAUCCGACAAAUUAGUUCCAUGUAGCAAAAAUAAUUCCGUAUUUUUGUUUUUUGAGAGCGAUAUAUAGCAAAUUAUCUACCAGGUAUAUGGAGUUUGCACAUUGCAAUUCAGACACUUUUUUUAGAUGACUUUUCCAAGAUUAGGACAUUUUAUAAUCUAAAAUAAAGCACAUAUUCAGCAAUAUACCUGAGGUUUAAUGUGUUCUUUUAUGUAUGAUUAGCUAUACUGCCACUCUGUGUGUGUGGGUGUGUGUUUGCAAUUCAGUAGCUUUGUAACAUAGUUUAGGUGACAUUAAAUUAAAAGUCAUCGGACCACAAUGUAUCCCACACUGUGUUGUGUAGGAUGUCAUUUGUGGAUCUAGCUGGGAGUGAGAGAGCAGCAGACUCCAGAGACCCAGACAGACUGAGCCGCAUGGAGGGGGCAGAGAUCAACCAGAGUCUACUGGCAGUGAGGGCAACACACACAAUAGGAUACAAUACAACACUUUAUUGUUCAAUGUGAUUGCUGUUAACGUGUAGCUUAUUUGUUUCAGCUGAAAGAAUGUAUCCGUUCUCUGGACCAAGAGCAGUCACACACACCAUUCAGACAGAGCAAGCUCACGCAGGUAAAGAAUCACACACACAUUGCAAACGUUCACGGGUUCCACACCAGGCUUGUGCUUCAACAGUGUUGUUCACAGGGAAUUAUAGAAUUUGUGUCAGUACCACUUUGUUCAAACUGUGUUUACCUUGUUCUCUGUAUAGGUUUUGAAGGACUCCUUUGUUGGUGAUUCAAAGACAUGUAUGAUUGCAAACAUUUCCCCCAGUCACCUAGCAACCGAACACACACUCAAUACGCUGAGAUACACUGACCGGUGAGUGUGUAUUACGUAGGUCCUAUAAGAACACACACUCAGACUCAGCAGUUUUGACGACAUUGUUUAAUUGGUCAGUGACAUUAGCCAUAUGACAGUGAGUGAUGUAUCAUCUCCUAUGGCCUCUACAGGGUGAAGGAGCUGAGGGGGGGAGGGGGUAGAAGACGGCCCACAGUCUCCCAGUCCCCAUCCCUGAAACACGAUCAGACUAGCAGCAGCAGUGGUAGUAGCGCCAGCAGGGGGAAAAGUCCCCCAAAAAGAGUGAAGUUGGGGGGUCACAGAGAGGCCCGAGACGUGACUGGCACCCCUGCCAGGAGGUUAGCCCCAGGGGAAGCCCUGCUCUGCUCCACACCAAAGGGCCGGGGAGCGGGGGAGGGCUUUGGAAGGGGGAGAGAAGACCUCUGUUUGGAGCACACCACACCUGUGAGGGGCUCACUGGGCCAGGGGCUUUGGCGGCGCAGGAGGAGUGAGGGAGUGGGAGAGAGGGAUAGGAGGCGGGAUAGAGAGAGGGAGGUGGAAAAGAAAGGGCAAAGAAAGAAACGUGAGAAGACAGAUGAUUCCAACACGGAACAGGACCAUGGGGCGGCUCUGGUGACGAGACAGCGAAUGGGAGAGUUGAGGACACCCCUUUGGGAAACACCCAGAGAAAGAGGAUCCACUACAAGUAAGAUGGCUAUAGGUCAAAGGGCAGCUGCUGCUUCCUGCGUCAGAGGAGCAGAGAGGCAGAGGACUACUACGAGUAAAGGAGAGGGAGAGGGCAGAAGAUGGAUAGAGCAGGACCGAAUUGUGGGGGAGUGGGAAAGAGAGAAGACGGCUGAGGGACAGAGAGAGUUAGGAGAGGACAGGGAGAGAGAUAAGAGGACUAGUACAGAACGGCAAAGGGAGAGAGAAACUGAGACGCCAAAGGAGCGGGAGAGCGAGAAGGAAAGAGAGAGGCAUUUGAGAAGAUACCACCAGCAGCUGCAGCAGAUGCAGUGGCUCCAGCAGCCUCUGUCUGGCUCGCCGUCUGUCUGCCGUGGUCUGGAGGAGCUGCUGGCUGGGUACAGGGCCACUGCUGUGGCCGGGGCAGACCACCUCCCACUCCGGGGGGAAGGGCCUGCAGGGGUCACAGUGGAGGCAAAGGGGCAGGGACAGAGUCACUUCUCUAACAACAUGUCUCAGAGCCACUGCCACAAUGAUGAUGAUGAUAAUGAUGUUGAUGAUGAUGAUAAUGAAGGAGAUAAUGAUGGUAGUGGAGAGCACAUCCUCGAGUGUCUCGUCCCCGGGGCUGGAUCAGUGCUGUCUACCAUCAGCAGGGUGGACGACAGAGGGACAGGAGGAGGAGGAGUGGAGAGAGGGAGUGGGGACGAAUGGGGGUCACCCGAGGAGGAGGAGGGGAGAGGGAGAUGGGCAUGGCCAGAGUGUAGAGUGGUAGAGUCAGAAGAGGGCGGCAGGUGGACAGGGGCUGUGUUGGGUCUUGGGGAGGAGGAACGGGUACCAUCUAGCCUCCGCAAGGCAGCUGAGAGGAGGGGGUGGGCAGGGGAACACGAGGAGAGAGGAGAAGAAGAUAUCCUGCUGGAGUCUGAAUGGAGCACAGAGGAGGAAGGAGAGGUUGACGUUAAUGCCUUUACCCUCGGCUCCGCAGACAGCAACAGUGACAACGACAGCCUUCACCGACACCACCACCGCAGCCGCCACGCUCUGGCCGAGAGGCCCCUCUCUCCACCCCCACCCCCGGCCAAGCUCAACGACCUGUCCCUGGAGUCCAAGCACAUCAACCAGAGCUCCAGUGGCCUGUGCCUACACUUCCAAAAUGUCCCCCCUUGCCCCUGCCUGAAAGGAGUACCACUGAGCCCCAGAGAGAGAACAUUGCUACCAGGUGCUGAGCUGUUACGUCAGAUAGACCCUGCCACCCCCCUUCUGUCCUUUGUGCAGACGGGGAGGGGAGCAGCAGUUGGCACCACAAGGCUUCCCCCUGAGAGACAAAGUAAUUCUGGAGUUGUAGCUCAAAUGCCCCCUUCUUCACCACCACACCGUGAAUCCUCGGGCGAUUCAUCCAGCUGCACCAUGGAUCCCCUCUCACUUUCCUUGCUUCAAGUAGACAGGCUGGCAGCAACAGACUCCUUCCUCUGCCAGCAGGUACCACACAGCAUUUACUCCCGCUCCCUCUUGUCUAGGGAAAGUGGAAUGGGAAAAGGGGUGGUGGAGGGUGGCCAGUCUCUAGUACCCACUCUAGGGAUAGAUGGGAAGAGUGGAGAAGACGAAAGGGAAGGUGUUGGACUCUCUCUUCUUGUAAAGCAGUUUCUGCGAGUGCAGACUGGUUGUGUCCUUCCUAAGACAGUGACACCUGAAGGCCACAUGGAUCAGAGGAGAUCCAAGAUGGACGCUGCUCCUCUCUGGAGAAUGGGUGAGUUCCAUACUCACAUACACAAGCUUGUGCAAUGCUUUUUUUCCUGCAUUGUUUACAUAAUAUCUGUGUAAAUAAUUGCCAUCUUCUCAUUGACAUUGUUAAUAUGUGAGAAUUACGUUUUUUUUAGGGGAUUGCGUGUUAAGAAAUAGUAAGAUGUUGCUCUAAUACUGUCUGUUCUGACCAGCUAUGACCAAACCAUCUGCCCCUGUGGUCUCCCUGGUGUCUGUCCAAGACCAAGGAGGAAUCUUGAAAACCACAGCCCAGUUAGAGAGUGAGGUCCUAGGCUCCAGAGACUCUGCCUGUCCCCCUGGCCCUUCUCCACACCUCCACUCACCACACAACCUCACUGUAUCCAAUACACACACAACCAAGUGUUCCCAAGGCCCAGUCCAGCCCAACACACACACAUCGCACCCUCUGCCUACCACCCAUAUACCACAACAUACACAUAAGCCUCCCAUCACUACUAAACACACUUUUCAGGAUACACCCAACUCCUCCAUGCCUAGUGUGCAAAUUAUCCAACAAAUGAACAACUCCGUCCAACUUAACAUUUUGCAGGACCAAUCUCAGUCGCCCAGUUCAAACAGUCCUCCUAAUCUCCACAUUCCAUGCCGUCUCAGCGGUUCAAGCAGUUCAUACAGUCCAGACAGUCUGUUAAAGCACUUUGGACCCCCAGCCAUCCUCUCCCUCUCUACUCAGGAAGCCCUGGAGCAUGCCCAGUAAGUUCAAGUCUCUCUGUUAUGUAGCAUGAACAAUGUGUAGGUUUAUGGUUCCUUACUCAUCCUGGCUCUAUCUCCUUAGAGAGUGCGCGAGAGGCUGAGAGCGAGAGCGUCAGAGGAGUCAAGCGAACGUGACGCGGAGAGAGAGAGCGAGCGAGAACGCGCGCGCGAGCGGGGGACUCACACAGCGAGCGAGAGCGUCAGAGAUGAGGAGCCCGCGCGCGGAGAGCGCCCGCGAGCGAUAUAUGUGCGCGCUCGCGCUCUUCAUGGGAGUGAGCGCGAUUCGCGCUAUGAUUCCUCGAUCUCUCUCAACUCUAUCUCUCUCUCUUAUCUCUCUCUCUCUCUCUUUCUCUCUUUCUUUCUUUCUUUCUUUCUUUCUCUCCAUUUCUCCCUUCUGUGUCCCUCAGGUGGUGUAUUGUCCAGGCCCAUUGGGAGCAGUUGGAGGAGAUGGAGUCUCUGUGUCGUAGAGAGGGGACACUGCUGUGCCAACAGCCUGACAUGGUGAGAACUCAACACCUUAUAUAUAUAAGUAUUCCAUAUAGAGAUAUAUCAAUAUACUAGCUCAUAAAUCAUGGAUUGGAUUCAUUAGAUUCAUUGCAAUUGCUAUUUUUGUUGCUGAAUAGGACACCUUGUUUGAAAGUAGUGCUCUCCAUGACUGUCUACCAUUUGUUGAUCCAUCUUCCUUCCCUGUCUGUCCCACCGGUCCCUCUCUCUAUCCUUCAGGACUUCAGGGAGUACGUUCAGAAACUGGAGGAGAUCAUGGAGCAAAAGGCUGUGUGCGUUCAGAGCAUGAGAGCUCAGCUACAGCCCUACCUUACCCACCCUAUAGCCCUACAGCAACACCCCGGACCUGGAGGAAACAACCAGGGGCUCAAUUAUUAG